AUGAGUGAGGUAAUUACUAUCAGUUCUUCUGACGACGAGGUUGUGUUACCUAAAGCUUCACAAAGAAGAACACAUGACAACACUUCGUCAAAGUUGCAAAAGAAAUACAACAAGCUUGAUUCAUUCAACAAAGAUGAUAAAGAUUUCAUACUUUUUCUUCGAAAUCGCGUGAACAAUAUAACUCAUAAAAAAGCUAAAUUUUACCAAACUAUAUUUGAAGUUCGUGAGGAAAUCAGUAGACGCAUAAUUAAACUCAAAAAAUAUAAAUCAACACGAGAAAAAGGCAGUGAAUCAGACACAGAACCAAAAUAUACUAAAGACGAGUUGAAAAAAAUUAAAAUAUUAGAGAAGGUUAUAAAAGAAUGCCGAAGAAGAAUCAAAGAACUAGAAACAGCAGACGUAAUCUUUGAUGAUGAUGACGACUCAGCGUAUUUAAAGGAAGAUAGGUAUAAAAGAAAAUAUGUACAGUUAUGCCAAGCACUUAGUGAUAUAGCAAGAGAUAAAAAACUAAAAUCAGAAAUAAUGAAGAAAAAAAUUACGUUGAAUGAUAUCCAAGAUGAAAUGACCGGUAUUAAGACCAUUGAUCAAUCUAUCAUUAACUUUGUAAAUAUUAGUAUUAGUCGGAUGAACAAAUUAAAACACAUUCAGAACUUUAAUGCUGUUCCGAAUUAUAUUGUUCCACCCGACUUUUACGAAGUAUUACAAAUUAUAGAAAAACAUGACGAAACUCGGAACCUUCAAUUUACUAAACAAGAAAUAGAAUUAUAUGCUAAAAAUUCAUUUAAAGCAGUUGUCAAGUAUUUGAAAAAAUGUCGAAUACAGGAGUCUAAAGAAUAUUUUAAAUGUUUUAUCAAUGACACCUGUGGUACAUAUAUUGACCCAGCAUCUAAAGACCAUAACCUUGAAAAAGUUCUUCAGGCUAAUAAGUUAAAAUCGGAUAAGCAUUUAAAUGAAGUUUUUGAGAAAUAUGUAAAUAUGCAAAAGAAUUUAAGCAAUGAAAAAUUAAAAGAAUCAAUGACAGCCAUGUAUUCUUCUGAGGAAAGUUGUAAUAUAGAUAAUCAUGAGAAACAUCUAGUUAAGAAAAAUUCACAAGUAGGUAAGCGAAAACGGUUCUUCCACAGUGACGAAGAAGAAUCUGACUCUCCCACAUUGGUAGACGAUAAUGCGAAGUAUUUUCCCAGAAUACGAGUGGCUAGUGUGGGCAACUUUCCCAAGGCUUGGGAGACCUCGGACUCUCCCGAAAGUCCGGGAAAAGAGUCCAUGGAUCUGGACUACUCACCAAAAAAAAAUAUUUUUCCACCAGUGGAAGUAGUGGAUUUGUGUUCCCCAGAAAGAAGAUCAAGUAUUCAAGUGUCCAAGACAAUAGCCCUUGAAGAAAAUAUGAACCAUAAUGAAGUGGUGGAAUAG